GUCGCAGGCACUGGGAGUUGAGAAGUGGGAGAAAGAGGAGGAGGAGUGGGAGGAAAACCUUCAUCCACAGAGUCCCCCAGCUUUAUCACGCCGCUGACGGCGAAGCCCUGCCUGAGGACCCACUGGACGUCUGCUCGUCGUUGCCCAGAGAAACCCAGUUUUACCUGAAGUAAGUCCGGACUUGAAGCAGGUAGCGCACCUCGUCGCCGGCUUCCUGGGUGUGUGGAGCAGCAAGAAAGCAGAUUGUUGCACUUAUUUGUCGUGGGAAUGUUGUUCCGCUGAACUUCAGAGGCUGUUUCUGGGUUUUAUUUGGGCACAAUAGCUUCCCGUCCAGCAGCUUCUUCACCCCAGGAUGUAAAUUUGGGAACUUUUCAUCGACAGCCGACGAGUUUUUUUCGGACAAACCCUUGAGGAAUAUUGGAAGACAGUACGGCGAACCUGUUCGAAAGCAGCACAAUCGAAGGUGUGGUGAUCAAUCCCCAUAACCGUCAUAAAGAGUGUAUUUGGUAACUGGCAGAGGAAGCGAGAGACAAGAUUCAGGGUUCAAAGAGUGGUCCUUCUACUCAGCAGGGACGCUGAAAGAGACACAAAGGCAGUGAGAAGGAGGGAAACAUUCAUGUCAACACAUUUCUUCACUUUCUUCAUGCCAGCUCACUAAACCGGAGUUUGUUCAUGUCAUCCGACACAAACAGGCCUGGAAUCUGAACAGACAUGAUGGUGCGGUGGUCGGCGUGUCAGCUCCUGGUUGCCUUGGUAACGAUGUACCUCAGCUUUUGCCACAGUAAAGAUCCAGAGUUCCUCUCCAACACUCUGAUCAACAACGUGGUGCAAGAUCCGCGCACAGGUCGCCUCUACGUCGGCGCCGUCAACGCACUCUACCAGCUCAAACCCGAUCUCCAGGAGGAAUCGAGGACCGAAACGGGUCCCAGACGAGAUAACCGGCAGUGCACGCCGCCGGUGACGGACGCCUGCGAGGAGGCGGUGGACACGGACAAUCAUAAUAAACUACUGCUGGUUCAUGGAGCCAAAGACCAGCUGGUGGUGUGUGGCAGUGUGUUCAGGGGAAUCUGCUCGCUGAGGAACCUGAGCAAUGUGGAGCAGCUCAUCUAUUUCAGCGACACCAAAGGAGAGAAGUCCUACGUGGCCAGCGCCGAGGAGGGGGUGUCCGUUGUGGGAGUGAUGUCAUACUUCAAAAAAGACAAUGUGAACUACACUGCCUUCUUGGUGGGGAAAGGUUACGGCAGCCAUGACAGCACCAAACUGAUCUCCACCCGCAUCCUGGAGGACCUUGGUGACUGGAUCGUCUUCGACAGCAUCAUCGAGGCCUCGGCGGUGCAAGCCAAUCCUUUCGUCCUGCGAUACCUUCACGACUUCCGCUUCGCCUUCAAAGACAGCGGCUUCGUCUACUUCCUGUUCUCCCGGACACUCGGUGUUCAGGACAACAAGAACUUCACCUUCAUCUCUAGGAUGUGCGAGGACGAUCAGGGUUAUUACUCUUACACAGAGCUGCAGCUCAACUGCAGCAUGUCCAACAAGUUCAAUAAAGCUCAGGCGGCGUAUGUAUCAACUCCUGGCCACAUUUUGGCUCAGGAUAUGACCAGAAGCAAUCAGUAUGGUCCGGUUUCUGCCACAGACAAGGUUCUGUUUGUUACCUUCACUUCUGAUGAGGAGCCGUCUACAUCAGCAAUGUGUAUGUAUCCCCUCCGCACAAUAAACCAGAAGCUUCUGGAAAUCAUUGGCGCCUGCUAUAGCUUCAAUGGGAUCAUCAAGAAUAAGCCGGCCGUCUACUCGCCUUACUCUUCCAAAUCGGAGGACCUCUGCAGUGGCAACAACCAGAACAACAUGGCCUUAAUGUAUAAGUGCGGCGCCGAGUUUUUGCCUUCACCGCUGGCAAGUAAAUCAGAUUUUGCCUUAUCGACGAAGCCUUCGUUGGUUCGCAAAGGUCACAUGACUGCUGUCGCCGUGGCUGUGGAGAUGGAACAUGCCGUGGCCUUCAUUGGAACUGCUACUGGAGAGGUGCUGAAGGUCCAUCUGUCAGCUCACCCGGAGGUCUACGGACGCGUGUCAGGAGACGUCCUGGUGGAGAAGGUGAACAAGAAUCUGCUGUUCGACUCCAAGCUCCAGCACCUCUAUGUCACCACUGAAAAGAAGAUCACCAAAGUUCCGGUCCAGGCCUGCCACACGAAAACGGACUGCCACUCCUGUGUGUCCAUGAAGGAUCCAUACUGUGGCUGGUGUGUCCUGGAGGGGAAGUGCAGCAGGAAGCAUGAGUGCAGCAGGUCCUCAGAAGAGAACGCAUGGCUGUGGUCUCCAAAUCAGAAGUGUGUCCAGAUCACCCACUUCAACCCGCCGAACCUCAGCUGCAAGAAAACCCAGCAGGUCUACAUCACCAUCCCCGCUCUGCCCCGACUCAGACGCACCGACAGUCUCCACUGCGUCUUCGGUGAGGUUGUCAGCUCAGCUGUGGUCGUGGACAGACACGAGGUUGCGUGUUCGCUGCCCGACCCCUCCGACAUCCCAUCUACGGAGGAUCAGGACUUUGUGUCCGUUGCUGUGCGCGUCGAGGUGAACGACAAGAUCCCUGUGACCUCCAGCGAAUAUCACUUCUACAACUGUGCUGCCACAGUGAGGCAGAACCAGAAUACACCCUGUAUCUCGUGCGUGACGAGUAAGUGGGGCUGCCAGUGGAACGCUCAAGACUUCAGCUGCAGCGACAUUGACGACAGCGUCAACGGAUAUCACAUUGUCAAGCCUCGACAGCCUGAUGGCUGUCCUCAGUUUGAGUCUCCAGAGCCGCUGCUGAUCCCAGUGGGCUUUGAGAUUCCAGUCAGCUUCCAGGGCAGAAACCUGGACAUCUACACGGGACGAAGGUUUUCCAUUGGGACGGCUCUGAUGAAGAACACAGAGGACGAUGUUAUUCAGGAACAGGAGUCCAGCUUCAAAUUCGGGGGUUACAAGUUUACCUACGAGAAUCAGCAGGAGGUGAACGUCACUUUCCACAUCAAAGAAAUGGACACGGAGAAGAAGAUUGACAGUACCUUGACAGUCGUCCUCUACAACUGCUCGGUGGGAAAAGAAGACUGCAGUCUGUGUAAACACGCCGAUGCCAAGUACCAGUGUGUGUGGUGCUCCACCACGCGCUCCUGUGUUUAUCGAGAACUCUGUCACUCACCGCUGCCAGCGCAAUGUCCCAAUCCGGAAAUCACAGACAUCAUCCCUCGCUACGGUCCUCUGAACGGCCAAAUCUCAGUGACCAUUAAAGGCUCAAACAUGGGAAUAAAGAAAGAGGACGUGAAUAAAAUCAAAGUUGCAGGAGUCAACUGUGUCCACCAGGCGGAGAGAUACUCUGUCUCCACCAGUGUGGUUUGUGUGAUCGGACCUGCUAAACCAGCGCCACCAUCUGACAUCCCGUUCGAGCGGACCUUCAGUGGCCCUGUGGAGAUACUGGUGGAGGGCAAACGGAACGGAACGUCCAAAGUCCUCUUCACUUAUCGGGACCCCAAGCCGAAGGCGGUGAACCCAGUCAAAGGUCCGGCUGCGGGCGGAACGGUCAUCACCAUCAGUGGAGAACACCUGGACACUGCAACUAAAGAAGACGUGGCGGUCACUGUGGGAGGCAUUCCAUGUGAAGUUCUGUCGUUCGGCCCUGAAAUCACAUGUAAGACUGGCAGGUAUCGUGGUCAGAAGACGCCCUCGGACCUGUUGACCGUGACGGUGAAAUACGGCAAGAACACCACCAAAGAUGUGCAUGCUGCGUACCAGUAUGCCGAAAACCCCAAGAUUAUCGAAUACAACCCAAAAGCUAGUUUUGUAUGCGGCGGGCGGAGGAUCGUGGUGGUCGGUAGUGGCUUUGACCUCAUCCAGAGUGCAGCCAUGAAAGUCGUGGCCUCGGUGGACGAGUUCUCGCAAACCUCCGCUCCUCAAGAGUUUGUGGAGCCAGCUCAGACCAAGAACGACACAGUCCUCCAGUUCUUCUCCCCGAAAGUCAACUGCUGCUGGGAGAGUCAGCCUCUCAAGACCUACAUCCAGCUGGACAACAUGCUGGAGGAGCUGCGGAGCUUCGAGUAUCACCCCAACGCCUCCUUCUACAACGUGUCCAAGAAGAAGAUCACAGAGACCAGCGUCAUCAUCGUGACGGGUCGAGGAUUCCUUAAAGCCAUGACGGCCAAAGAGGCACAAGCGUUUGUUGGAGAUGCUGCGUGUCCGGUCAACAUUCUCCAGGAUGACAAGCUGAUCCUGGACGCUCCAACAUCCCACCCAAAGUCCAGCUCCAAAGGAAAACUGCGUACCGACAACCCCAACGACAUGCUGGAGCUCGUAGUGAAGUUUGGCUACGGUGAGUGGCUGGUCGGCUCAGUCUACUACGCCAGGAAGGACGACAUCCCUCUGGCCAUCAUCAUCCCUGCCGUCAUCGUGCCCAUGCUCAUCUUCAUCCUGGUGUCCGUCUACUGCUACAGACGCAAGAGCCAGCAGGCGGAGCGCGAGUAUGAGAAGGUGAAGCAUCAGCUGGAAAACCUGGAGGAGAGCGUGAGAGACCGCUGCAAGAAGGAGUUCACAGACCUGAUGAUCGAGAUGGAGGACCAUACCAGCGACCUCAGUGAAGCCCGAAUCCCUUUCCUGGAUUACAAAACCUACACAGACAAGAACUUCUUCCUUCCCUCUAAAGACGGUACCGACGACGCCAUGAUCACAGGGAAGAUCCAGAUCCCCGAAGCCCGAAGAGCCAUCGUGACCCAGGCUCUGAACCAGUUCUCCAACCUGCUGAACAGCAAAACGUUUCUCAUCAACUUCAUCCACACGCUGGAGAGCCGUCCCGACUUCAACGCCCGCUCCCGUGGUUACUUUGCGUCUCUCCUGACGGUGGCGCUGCAUGGCAAGCUCGAAUAUUAUACGGACAUCACGCGGACGCUGCUGCUGGAGCUGAUGGAUGAGCACGUGCAGAACAAGAAUCCAAAACUCAUGCUGAGAAGGUCGGAGACUGUGGUGGAGAGGAUGCUCUGUAACUGGAUGUGCAUCUGUCUAUAUCAGUUCCUCAAGGACACGGCAGGAGAGCCGCUCUACAAACUGUUCAAAGCCUUAAAGCACCAGGUGGAGAAAGGUCCGGUCGACGCCAAGGUGAAGAAAGCCAAGUACACGCUGAACGACACUGGACUUUUGGGAGACGACGUGGAGUAUUCUGUACUGACGUUACAGGUGCUGGUGCACGGGGAGGGUCCUGACGUGACCCCAGUGAAGGUGUUGAACUGUGACACCAUUUCUCAGGUCAAGGAGAAGAUCAUCGACCAGGUCUACAGGAACCUGCCAUACUCUCAGAGACCAAAGCUGGAGAGUGUUGCGCUGGAAUGGCGUCCCGGUUCGACGGGUCAGAUUCUGUCUGACCUCGACUUGACCUCCCAGAAAGAAGGUCGUUGGAAAAGACUCAACACUUUGGCCCAUUAUAAUGUCCGGGAUAACGCCACCUUGGUUCUAUCAAGAGUUCUGCACUCUCAGUCGUUCCACCAGCACCAGCACCAGGACAGUUAUGAAGAAAAAAACGCCUUGCUCGAAGACGACAGCACUUUCCACCUGGUGAGGCCAGCAGAUGAGCUGGAUGACGGGAAGUCCAAAAGAGGCAGCAUGAAGGACAAGGCCAUGACCAAAGCCAUCACUGAGAUCUAUCUGACCAGGCUGCUGUCCGUCAAGGGGACCCUGCAGCAGUUCGUGGAUGACUUCUUCCGCAGUGUGUUGUGUUCAAGUUCCGCCGUUCCUCCAGCUGUUAAGUAUUUCUUUGACUUCCUGGACGAGCAGGCGCUGCGACACGACAACGUGGACGAGGAGACGCUACACAUCUGGAAGACAAACAGUUUGCCUCUGAGGUUCUGGGUGAACAUCCUGAGGAACCCGCACUUCAUCUUCGACGUGCAUGUGACGGAGGUGGUGGACGCGUCGCUGCACGUCAUCUCCCAGACCUUCAUGGACGCCUGUACCAAGACGGAGCACAAGCUCAGCAGAGAGUCUCCUAGCAACAAGCUGCUCUAUGCAAAAGAAAUUUCCACGUACAAAAAGAUGGUGGAUGAUUACUACAAAGGCAUCAGGCAGAUGGUGCCAGUCAGUGACCAAGACAUGAACACACACCUCGCUGAAGUGUCCAGACAACACACGCACAAGUUGAACACCCAGGUGGCCUUACACCAGCUCUACCAGUACGCCAUCAAAUACUACGAUGUGAUUAUCGAGUCGUUGGAAGAAGACCCCGCCGCCCAGAGUAAACAGCUGACCCUGCGCCUACAACAGAUUGCCGCGGCCCUGGAGAACAAGGUCACCGACCUUUGACCUCAGGUGUCUGGCGGGUGUUUGAAGCUGGAGCGGCGAUAGAACAAGAAGUUGUUUUGUAUUCAAGGACUGAACCGAGCAAGUGGACUGUGAGGACUGCGGUCGAGGAUGUGAUUAAGGACACCAGCAGGUGGCAGCCUGGAGGCCUUCAGGACCCAAACUGCACCUCCAAAAAACUAUGGAAACUGGGGAGGGUGAAAAGAUGUUGACUCAAAAAGGUUAUUUUUUUAAUGGACGAUGUGUGUUUGCUUUCACCUUCGACUUUUUUUGGAAGAAGGAAGUGCCGAAGGGUAUUUCGGGACAGCUGAAGAAUUAUGCCAAAUAUUUUAUUUUAGAAUUAACGGUGAGGCCUCCUGGAUAUUUUAGCACAUCUUUGUUUUAGUACCUUCACAUGAAAAUAAUACCACGAGACGGUACGCCCCACUGACCAGGCGACUCUCUUGUUUGGACUGAACUGGGUAAAUCCAGGGUACGAUGAGUCCGGCCCCUCCCCCACUGGCCCAUCUACCAGGCCUGAUCAUGUUUAUUUGUGUAUCGGAUAUUCUGCGGUUAGUUUGUGUGCUGAUGUUCUUUUUUGGAUCUUUUUAUUCCACCAAUCCGACACAGUUUUUUAAUUCACUUUUUUUGGAAAGUGGGAUCAAACUCUAAAUGUAUGUAUGUGUGUGUGUGGUGUCGAAUCAUGGUGUUUCCACAAACCAAAUGUUUUUAUAGCCUCAAAUUAUUUCAUGUAGAAUAUAUUUGCGGAUUAUUCUCUUCAUAUAGUUUAUGGAGUUUUAUCAUUUGAAUGUCUUCUGAAGACAACUGUCAAAGUUUAUCAUAGAAAUAUAGCUUUUUAAAAAUGUCACAUCAAGUUUAUCUACGUCGCUCUGUGUGGGCUUUUGUCCUGAUUUUACUUUCUGUUUAUCGGAGUCAUCAUUCGUCGAAAACACGAUUUGGUGUGUGUUUUUGUUCCAGAAGAAACGUGAAGAAAAGUGAAGUGCACUAGUCCAAAUUUAAUACUACAUAAUUCAGAGUUUGCAAUGAUUUACCGUUUGGACCUAAAAAAGGUUCCGAAGAUGCUCUGAGUCAGUAUUUUUGAAGUUUUUAUCGCAGCCCUGAAGUUCCAAUGAAGUCAUUUAUCUUCUUUUAUUCAGCUUUUCAAUCGUUGCCUUCAUCAUUUAUGUACAUUAUUAUCAUCGACUGUGAGUGUUUUAUGUUGCCUCAUAUCUUUUGCUGUUGGACUGUGAGGAUUAAAAUCCUCUCAAGCAAUA